AUAUGAGCAGGAGGAGGGUUUAAAUUGACGCAAAAGGGUUUUAGUUUCAACGAGAAAGAGAAGCCUCCACAGCACCCCAAAUUCAUACAUGGCUUCCAAACGCCCCUCUCUCUUCAGCGACGACGGAAUCCUAUCGCGAAUCUCCGAUCACUCCCUCGUCAGGAAGGGCAAGAGCGCCGCCUCCGACGCCAAGUACGUCGCCACGCGCCUCCUCAAGAGCACCGGCAAGGCCGCCUGGAUCCUCGGCACCACUGUUAUCAUUCUAGGGAUCCCCCUCAUCAUCGAGAUGGAUCGCGAGGCGCAGUUCAACGAGGCCGAGCUACAGCAGGCCUCCCUCCUCGGCGGCGCCCCUCCUGCCUUUAUGCAGCAACCACAGUGAUUUCAUUCCUUUUUACACCCCUCCUUCAUCGAUCUAGGGUUUCCAAUUUAAAAAUCCCCUUCUAGUUUAAUGGCUUUUAUGUUUUACUGUAUUUUAUUACUGUUGAUUCAGUUGCUCUAAUUGCGAUCCAGAUAUUAUUUUCUAUGAAAUUUUACUGUUAUCUUUGAUUUGUAAAAAAUAUUGUGUUGCCUUUGUUUCUGUGUUGCUUUCUGCUUAAACCGAAGAAUUUGUUCUGUUAUCA